GGCCGUGCGCUAACCCACAAUUCCCGCUGCGCGCUGCUCUCGCGCCUGCCGCCGCUGCCCCUGCUGCCGCCCGUUACGGCUCCAGCCGCCGGGGACAUGUUGCAGAAACCGAGGAGCCGGGGCCGCCCUAGCAGCCAGGCCGAGAGGGAGAGGGACUGGGGCCGCGACGCCGCGGAGGAGGCUCCGAGCACCUCCCGCGGGGCGGGAGGCUCCCGGGAGUCCCGGGGCACGUCGUCGCAGGGCGGCCGCCGGGCCGAGGCCUCCCCUGAGGUGGGGCCCAGAUCCCAGCAGCAGCUGGAGCUGAAGGUGGCCGAGCUGGUGCAGUUCUUGCUGAUCAAGGACCAGAAGAAGAUCCCAAUCAAGCGCGCUGACAUCCUGAAGCACGUCAUCGGUGACUACAAGGACAUCUUCCCUGACCUCCUCAAACUGGCUGCCGAGCGCCUCGAAUACGUCUUCGGGUACAAGCUGGUGGAACUGGAACCCAAAAGUAAUACCUACAUCCUGAUCAACACUCUGGAACCGGUGGAGGAGGAUGCCGAGGUGAGAGGCGAUCAGGGCACGCCCACUACCGGCCUCCUGAUGAUUGUUUUAGGUCUCAUCUUUAUGAAGGGCAAUACUAUCAAGGAAACGGAGGUCUGGGACUUCCUGCGUCGCUUAGGGGUGUACCCCACAAAGAAGCACUUAGUUUUCGGGGACCCAAAGAAACUUAUUACCGAAGAAUUUGUGCGACAGCGUUACCUGGAGUACCGGCGGAUACCCCACACUGAUCCUGUAGACUAUGAAUUCCAGUGGGGUCCCCGGACCAACCUGGAAACCAGCAAGAUGAAAGUUCUUAAGUUUGUGGCCAAAGUGCAUAAUCAAGACCCCAAGGACUGGCCAGCACAGUACUGUGAGGCUUUGGCAGAUGAGGAGGCCAGGGCCAGACCUGGGACAGGUGGCCCUGCUCCCUCCUCUUGAAGUCCGAGAUCAAUUCGGGCUCCAGGGGAGGUGGUGUCAAAGGCACUGAGUCAAGGGGUAGGGGUGGGAGGGAGCAUAUUUCUGUAACGCUUAAAUGUGUGUGUCUUUAGGAUGUGUUUGCAAACUUCUGUUCUCUUUUAAUAUUGUAAGUUAUUUGGUUCCAACUUCUUAUAAAAAAUAUUUGGAGAGGAUUAUUGUCUGUAUAUUUUGGCAUAAAAAACUUGCUAGCUUUAUACAACUAGUUGGAAAACUUUGCACCAUCAUCUGGAACAGGUGUUUAAGAAAGAACACAUCGGUAAAUUGCUUUGGCGCCAAGAAAGUAAAAAAGCAAAGUGGCUACUCUCUGGGCUCUUAACUUGUCCAAUUUGUAAGUUAAAAUAAAAGCCUUUAUAAAUUAAAAAUAAAAAUGUAAUUGCCUAUACCCUUUUUUACCUUAAGACAGCUAUUGUAUAUUUAUAUAUUUUUUAUGUGUAUAAGCAUCAUGCAUCAUUUAAGCAAUGUGCAUAUUGUGUUUUCUCUGAAUAACAGUUUUUUAUAUUCAUAAUUCUCAACUCUGGCCGACCGUUUAGUUCCAUUUAGCUUUUUUAUUUGUUUUUGAGGGGUUUUUUGUUUGUUUGUUUGUUUUUUGCUGCUGUGGUUGUAAUAAAUACAAUAUCUUUGAAACAGUUAAGCACUAUGCAUUUUCCAAUCGUGAGUCAUGAGAUGGUAAUUUCAUGACUCAAAACCAGCAUCUUAAAAACAAUAUUUUUAGCUUGCUACAAAUUAUUAAGGUAAAUAGCAUUUUGUAGAAGUUGCUUUAAAAUGAUCUAAAAUAAAUUUCUCACUGCGUACAAAAAAGUAGGUAAAACUGUUACUGAUUAAUCAUGCCUAUUGGGUUUAGAUCCUGGCUUCACAUAACUAGCUAUGUGAAUUUAGGCAGGUUACUUUACUUGCAUACAAAUGUUUCCUUACCUGUAAAAUGAGCUCAUGAUGCCCAUGUUAUGUGUAGAAAUGUGAUUAUUCUAUAUUGGAAGUAUAUAAAGCUCUUGAUAACAA